GGCCUUAACCAUUUUGGCUCCCACCUUCUCCUUCCACACACAUAUGCACAUGUCUUCGUGUCUCUCUCUUUCUCUCUCUCUCACUCUCUACCCACACAAAUAUGGACGUACAAAAAUCUUUAUUUAUAAAUAUAUAGUCCUCACCUCCUCAAUAUCCCACCCAUCCUCCUUCUCCAUACCUCUCUCUCUCUCCCAAAAAACAACCAAAAUCUUUUCAUCUCUCAAGAACCCAAAAACAUAUGGCUAUAAUAAAGAAAACUUCAAAACUCACUCAAACAGCAAUGCUGAAGCAGAUCCUGAAGAGAUGUUCAAGCUUGGGGAAGAAGAACGGAGGAGGUUACGAUGAAGAUUGCCUUCCACUCGAUGUACCGAAGGGACACUUCCCUGUCUAUGUCGGAGAGAACAGAAGCAGAUACAUUGUCCCAAUCUCCUUCUUGACUCAUCCUGAGUUCCAAACUCUCUUAAGACGAGCCGAGGAGGAAUUUGGUUUCGAUCACGACAUGGGUCUCACUAUCCCUUGUGAUGAACUCGCCUUUCAAACCCUAACCUCCAUGAUCCGGUGAUAUUUUUAAGUUGCCUCAUUUGAAGAAUAAGCAGAAGAAGAUGGUUAAAGACGAAAGCAGACGCUCCUCUCUUUACAAAAAAAAAUAGCAUCUCUUCUCUUUUCUAAGUAAUUUUUUUUCCUCUAUUUUAAAGCCCGCCUAGGGUUUUUUUUAACGAGUAAAAUGACUCGUCUAACAAGAGAGCAAAACCCAUAUGAGAUAGAGAUUCUAUGGGUUUAUUAGAUCUGUAAAGAAAAGUUUGUAAUGUUUUCCUCACAGAUCUUGAUGAUUUUGUGAGAGAAGUUAAUUAAUGCAAGAGAAAAAAAAAAGUAUU